CAAUAUCUGAAUCGAUUAGCAUAUCUGUCUGUAUUUUUUUGUUGUGAAGGUUUCUGAGGAAUCAAUGGCACCUAAGGCAGAGAAGAAGCCAGUUGAGAAGAAGACUGCGGAGGAAAGGAAAACAGUGGGGGAAAAGACUCCCACUGCUGUUGCAGAGAAGAAGCCCAAGGAGAAGGCUCCUCCUAAGGGCGGUAAAAGGGGUCCCAAGCCUGCAGGUGAUAAGAAGAAGAGGAAGAAGAAGAGCGUGGAGACCUACAAGAUCUAUAUUUUCAAGGUGUUGAAGCAGGUCCACCCUGAGAUUGGCAUCUCCAGCAAGGCCAUGUCCAUCAUGAACUCUUUCAUGAAUGACAUUUUUGAGAAAUUGGCCGGAGAGUCCUCAAAGCUGACGAAGUACACCAAAAGGGACACUCUUUCUUCAAGGGAGGUGCAGACGGCCGUGAAAUUGGCCCUCCCUGGUGAGCUCGCCAAGCAUGCUGUGUCGGAGGGCACAAAGGCUGUAACUAAGUUUACUUCAGGCUGAUCUGUCUCUCGCCCUGCUUUUGGUUGUGUUACGGUGUCUUUUGACACCACCUCUAUUUUGGAUUUGUAGUUUCCCGCUGCUGAGCUGCCGAGUUUUUAAAUAUUUUUUCUUUUUUAGUUCAACGGGUUACUGAUGGCUCGGAAGAGGUCCAGGUAAGGCUGGAUUGGGGAAAUUAAUGCUUAUUGUACAUUCUCUUUCUUUCUCUCUCUCUCUCUCUCUCUCUCUCUCUCUCUCUCUCUCUCUCUCUAUAUAUAUAUAUAUAUAUAUUCUUUCUUUACCCUGGUUUGGUGAAAUGGCUGUGUAAGUCUCUUGUUUAUUGAAUUUUCAGGGGACUUGAAGUCGGUAAGCGUCUGUAAAACGAAUUGUUUACCCUAGCUUGAUGAAAUGGCUGUGUAGGUCUCUUGUUUGUUGAAUUUUCAGGGGAUUUGAAGUUCAGUAAGCGUCUGUAAAACGAAUUGUUUACCCUAGUUUGAUGAAAUGGCUGUGUAGAUCUCUUGUUUGUUGAA